ACGAAUAGAGGCCUACAGAUUUUGAAUCAGUAUUUACCUUGAACCAGUGUUAGAAUGACUCGCGGCUAAAGCGCUUCAGACAUUUCAAACUUGUGAACGGACGUUACGCUCGCGAGACCGAUUGACAAGAGCUGUCACUCAAGUCGUUACAUGCUAACUAAGUUAGCUAACGUUAGGUUAUCUCAUGUUGGCUAACGUUAGCUGCUAAGUAGGUACAGUGUGCAGUAUGGUGAUCAAUCAUGAGGAGUCACCGGGGGGCUCUCGCGCUGGCCGACCACCGGUCAUCUUCAACCCGGACUUCUUUGUGGAAAAACUCCGCCAUGAGAACCCCGAUGUUUACCUGGAACUGGUGCUGAGUAACAUCACUCGCCUUAUCGAUCUCCCCGGGACAGAGUUUGCACAGCUCCUUGGAGAGGAAGGCCCGAAGACUCCAACGGGGGGCAAUGGUGGCUUCUUUCGCUCCUUCAACUUCCUCAAACGCAAAGAUAAAGGUGUUGUGUUUGGAACCCCACUGACAGAGAGCUGCAUUGCCCAGAUCUACCAGCUCAUCGAGUACCUCAGCAAAAAUCUGCACGUGGAGGGUCUGUUUCGGGUACCAGGGAACAGUGUCCGGCAGCAGACUCUGAAGGACCUCCUCAACAGCGGGGUCGAUGUGGACCUGAAGUCUGGGGACUUCCACCCCAAUGACGUGGCCACGCUGCUCAAGACCUUCCUGGGAGAACUGCCCGAGCCGCUGCUCACACAGAGACACUUCCACGCACACCUCAAGAUAGCCGACAUGACCCUGUUUGACGAGCACGGCAACAAGACCUCGGUACCCAAUAAGGAGCGUCAAAUAGAGGCGCUGCAGCUGCUCUUCCUGCUGCUUCCUCAGGCCAACCGCUCGCUGCUCAAACUGCUGCUGGACCUGCUGUACCACACCGCCAGGCAGCAGGACAAGAACAAGAUGUCCGCCUCCAACCUGGCGCUCAUGUUUGCGCCGCAUGUCGUCUGGCCAAGAAAUAUGACGGCCACUGACCUGAAAGACAAUCUGAAGAAGCUGAACAGCAGCAUGGCCUUCCUCAUCAAGCACUCGCAGAAACUCUUCAGGGCUCCCGUCUACCUGCGGGAAUACGCCCGAGUGCACUUCACUGGGACCAAGACUCUGCAGACCAAGGACGAUCUGGAGCUGCUGGCGGUGAGCAGCUCCCCCGCUCAGCGGGCCGCGUUGCCCCUGAAGAGGACGGCCCUCGGGGCCCUCGGGGCCCCCGGCUCUCAGGAGCAGCACCAAUCACCGGCUCAGCAGUACACCGAGGAGGCGCUGAAGGAGCUCUUCAGACACGUGCACCACAACAUGCCCGACUCCGCCAAGAAGAAGAAACUCGUGCGACAGUUGGUGAAGCAGGCGACCUCAGGGACGCCUGCCGGCGAGGAGCAGCGGGCGGCCCCGGCGCCCGGCAAGAAGCACCCGCGUUCCCGCUCCUUUGGAGGCCUCAUCAAGCGGCGAGCUCGAGGUGAUCAGCUGACAGGGGAGAGGCGGCUGCGCCUCGUCUCCCCCGAUGUGAGCGCGGCAGGAAGCAAACCUGGUAAAGAGAACGUCAACCUGCGAGCGGCGAGCAGCCCGCUGGACGCUCGUGUGUUGGGGAAAGACGGCCUGGUGGUAAAAAACCCCGACUUUACUUUCAAGAAGGACAAAGCGCUGAAGGUUUCCAAGCAGGACUCCCCCUCGGUGACCAGGAUGUGUUUCUCUCCCGCUCAGGAGAUCUCUCUGUAAUCCUGAUUCCUCACUGUGAAAACACACAGCAGCUGUCAGCCGAGCCGACGGCGGGAAACUCGCCGCCGGACGUUCACGUCAACGGCUGCCGACCGUUCAAUAAAUGUGACAUUUUUUUAUGCCGGAGACGAGAAGCAAAACCACUACGACUCAAACGGAACUGAACUGACUGCAUAUGAUUCCCGGUUAGUGAGAAUAUCACUGGGACCAGAAUUCAACGUUCUCCCCUUUAAUAUCUCACCGUAUGAAUUCUGUCUUCUGAUACUUUCGAAUAUUUCUGAUUUUUUUCUUUUUUUUUUCUGUGAAUGUGUGUGAGUCUGAAGGAAAUAUCUAUGUUUAAUAACCUUGAUAUAAGAAAAUCCACAUGUCCUCUCUCACUUUAUGAAAUGAUGCCUCAUAAACAGGAAGUGGUCAUCUCUGGAAACUUGUUUUACUCGCCACUGUCUCGCGACUUUGACCACUAGCUAAACGUAGAGUUUAUUCAUGUUGUGCACGACUUUUUUUAAUCUUUUGUCUUUAUUUGGGGGCUGUGAUGUUGUGCGUUUUUUGUCGUAAUUCCUUUCUCCUGUAGAUCUGCUGAUCCAGAAUCAGAAAGCGGCUCACUUCAUUUUCUUAAAAAAGCUUCGUCUUUGACCUGACGACACAUUUAAUGUAUGGACGAGUUCUUCAGCUGGAUGGUGGAGGAGGUGGGAGGGUUUCCUGUGCUGAUGGUUUCAAUGGAAGUUGUGCUUUGCGAGGCGACACCACAACUACACGCGUUUUGUUUGAGCUACGAUGACGUCAUCGCUGUAGUGUGUCGGGGGGGGGGGGACGAGGAGACGAGGGGUUUGUUGAAGGUGACGAGUGACGUGUGCAGAUGGAGGCUAAGACGCUUCACCCCCUUUUUGUUUUUACUUCUGUUUUCAUGUCCGCGUGGAACCUUUUUUUUUUUUUUAUUCCCCACUGAACCGGACUGAGUUCAUCUCGUUGCCGUUUCCUCUUCAGUCCCCGUUCUUAAGAGACAACUCAGUCGGAUUUGUUUUUGUAUUUAUUGCUGUUUGGGAAAUGUAUUUUUUGUUGUUGUUGUUGGGAGAAUCCACGAGAGAGCGAGAGACUUGAGGAGCAUUGAACCGUUGUUGCUGUUUGUAUGUUACCAUGGAGACGCCUGUUACAUUCUCAUUGUGGAGAUUUUACAUUGAGCUUUUUCUUUCCGUGUCUGUCUCUUGUGUGUCUGUUCGCUGACGAGUCGAGGAGAAACGUCCCUUUGACACUCGACUUCUGUCCGGUUAAAGGUGAUCGGUAAAGUGAUUGUUACUCGACGCACAACUCUUCACGAUGUGUGUGUUUUUGUUAUUGUUUUUCUAUUCUGGUGUAAAAUAAGUUCCCCUUGUACAGUACAUUGGUUUCCUUGGCUAACCUUCCGCUUUGGAUUAAAACGUUUUGUUUUCCUACAGAAAGUCCGUUGUGUUAUAGUUGCGUGUUUCCCUGCACCAAAGCAGCGCUCCUGUUCGCCCCCCAGGGGGCGCCAUCAUGAAGUUAGUAGGGCUGUUGCUCCAGUCAGCUUCCCCCCCUAGAACUUCAUAUCCUCUUUUAUUAGCACCAAUAAGAUGAGAACCCCCCCCUCCCUCCCUUCAGAGGUCAGAGGUCAGUCAGGGAUUCCUCAGGGCUCUCACAUGGAUCCCAGGUAGAAGUUAUGUGAGGUUGUUUUUUAAUCCGGGAUUCAUCUUUAGUCCUUUUAGAGUUUCUUUACUAAAUAAAUUGAAUAAACGUAA